UGUUUUUUAAUUAUAGGGAUAUUUUCUUGUUGCCGGCAUGUGUGUUCUUCAAGCGAUAAUCUGUCCUUAUCUAUUUAUAUUGAUUGCUGUCCUUUUAGCAAUAUUCUGUGCUUUGUGGACCAUCUUUAGCCGAGUGUUGAAAAGCGUAAAACAUUUAGAAGGAAAAUUGAGAAGUCCAGUAUUUUCACAUCUAAGUGUAUCUCUUUACGGACUGACGACAAUUAGAGCAUUUAAAGCUGAAAGCAGAUUUAAAUCUAUGUUUAAUAAGUAUCAAGAUAAGCAUACUUCAAUGUUGUUUAUUUAUGCGUGUUUAGUUCGAUGGAUUGCCAUAUACGGUCACAUAAUUUGUUUCAUAAAUCUAAUUAUUACCGUUAUUAUUUUCGGUGUUUCAAAUAAUUCAGCUGAAGCAGGAAGUAAAAUUGGACUUAUACUGAAUUACGGAAUAAUAAUAAUUUUGAAUAUUCAAUUCCUUAUUUCAUUUACAUCUGAAAUGGAAUUUCAGAUGAACUCGGUAAAACGCAUUCUGAAAUACAGCAAAUUGAAACCGGAAGCCUCGUACGAAAGUUUGCCAGAAAAACGACCACCGUCUGACUGGCCACAAACAGGAGAAAUUCAUUUCCAUAAUGUUUCUUUACAAUACUCCGAGGAUAAAAACAUCGUUUUAAAGAAUUUGACCUUUCGUAUUGGCUCGGGAGAAAAGAUAGGAAUUGUCGGGAGAACUGGAGCAGGAAAGAGUUCAAUAAUUGCUUCGUUAUUUCGCAUGACGGAGCCAACGGGAACAAUCACCAUCGAUGGAAUCGACACUAAGGAAAUCGGUCUUCGAGAUCUUCGAAGUAAAAUAUCCAUCAUUCCUCAAGAUCCGAUGUUGUUUACCGGUCCUCUUCGAAGAAACAUCGACCCUUUCAAUGAAUAUUCGAACAAAACGCUGUGGAAAGUCUUAGAAGAGGUACAGUUAAAAGAAGUUAUUAGUAAAUUACCUGGAGGAUUGGAUACGCACUUAACGGAAGGAGGGAGAAAUUUCAGCGUGGGAGAAAGACAGUUAAUUUGUCUGGCCAGAACCAUUCUUCGCCGGAAUAAAAUUCUCGUCAUGGACGAAGCAACGUCAAAUAUCGAUAAAAGAACCGAUUCCUGUCUACAGAAAAUAAUUCGAGAAAAGUUCAAAUCUUGUACUGUGUUGACAAUAGCUCACAGAUUACAUACAAUCAUCGAUUCGGAUAGAGUGCUGGUAUUAGAUACAGGGAAAUUAGAAGCAUUUGACUCGCCGUAUGCUUUACUGAAGAACGUAAAUGGUAUAUUUUAUAACUUGGUAAAGAAGACGGGAGUAACUUCAAUGAAUGAGUUAUUGAAAAUUGCCAAAGAGAAAUAUUACUCUAAAGAAAGGGUCGAACAAACAAAACUAUAAAAUAGUAGAUUGUCUUCAAUGUGUAUCCAUCUUUUACAGAUCGGGUGUUAUGUUUUUUUUAUUUAAUUUUGUUUUUAGAGACAUUGUGUCAAUUAGUAUUUCCGCACAUUAAACAGUAUAUAAAAUUGGUAAUAUCUAAACAUUUGUGAGUUCAACUGUUAAAUUUAUCCAUGAUAAAUUCUACUGAAAUAUAAUUAUAAAUUUUUGGAGAUAAUGUUUUUAAAAAUAUUUACAAUGGUUUAUUUCCAAAAUAAACUGAAUUUUCAAGUAUUAUAAAGCAGUAAAUAACUUUUAUUGGAAUAAUUUAAUUCAAGUCUUUGUUUAUGAAUUCCACCCGGAAAAUCUUAAUAAAAAAAUAUAAUUCUAAUACUAAAUAUGUAU